AUAAGAAUUGAAAAAAGUUGAAAUAUAAAAUCACAACAGUUAUUCGCAUAUUAAUUCAUUUGCGUUUCGAGCAUUAUUCAUUUGUUUCAUUGUUUAAACAUAACAUUGUUUUACUAUUGAGAUAUUGAUAUUGUUUAAAUCAUUUGUGGUUGAUACAUGAUUGUUGCACGAAACAAAGAUUAAGCAACAGCAAUGACUGUGCUAUCGUUUGCCGUGUUGUUAUCAGUUUUAAGUCUUGUCUCGGGAUGUGUAGAUGAUACAGAUUGUAUACUGCCUGACGGACAAGUUGGACAAUGUCACUUGCAAAAAUGUAUUCGACAACUCGAUGACAACGCAAAUGAAUAUCUAACAUUCACUAUCAGAGUAAAAUAUCCAGAAUCUGUUCUGAAGAUUCAUGGAAGAACGUCUUUAUAUAUACGAGGUAAUGGACUUGGAUUACUUUGGACCAAAGGCAAUCAACUUUCUAAGACAGGCCAUGACACGUGGGACAUAAAUAUCACGUACAUAUCGUCUUUAGAUGGAUAUCAGUGUAAAUUUUGUUUAGAUAAAGAUUACCUUCCUAACAAGAAACUUCAAUAUCGUGUAAUGGCUGACGAUCUUCAGGACAUGAUUGGAGCUAACUUUGCUAUUCACCUGCCUGUUUCCGAGGUGUCAUCAUAUUUUGAAACAGUUCCUGUCUUUUCGGUUUACCCUUGGUUCUUUACAUAUACAGGUGUUAUAGACAGUUUUGUUAUAAACUCUACGAAUCUCGGCGAAGAGAAGAACAUAACUCUUUAUACACCUCCUAGUUUUAAUGAAAACGUUUAUAAAACUUAUCCAACUGUCUUUGUCUUUGAUCUCAAUUUAGAAUAUGCUAAAUCUUUCAAGAAGAAAUUUGAAGAUCCGAUUUAUCCACAUGCCGUUGCCGAAGAAUUUGUUCUGAUAGGCUUUGGUGAUUAUACAUCUAAUGGUAGAGAGAGAGUUGAUCUACUGACACCAUCGGCUGGUCCAGCUUUAGACUGUAUUAAUGGCACACUUCGUGAUAAUUGUGACGGAUGUAUUCCUGAGGCAUUGAGCACCAACAUCACAGCGUUUAUUAAGUAUCUCGAGGAAACAUGUGGAAAAUAUUAUAAUAAAGGAGGUCUAGGUGACAAUACACUGGAUUUUCUAGAAAAAGAGGCUUUCCCAACUGCCAACCAACUCACGUCUACGAGAUUGCAAAAAGAUAAUAUUGGUGUGAUGGGAUAUUCUUUAGGAGGGCUUAUGUCUUGCCAUGCUGUUUGGACACGUCCAGAUGUGUAUUCAUUUGCUGCCUGCCAAUCACCUUCUUUAUGGUGGCCGAUGAACACUUUCAGUCAUAAUGUUAACGAUUUUGAUUUCUUAAAUAAAACUCUUAAAAACCCAAUAUUUCAAACAAAACGUCCGGAGCAAAGAAUUUAUCUUGAUGCAGGAGGGGCGGAAACUCCAGAGCCAUACAGUCUUACACAAACUACUGUAGAAGCGGCACAUGCAAUUUCCAGCUUCGUACACUAUGAAUUAAACAGAAAUGUUUGGGUAGCCGUUGAUCCGAACAAAAAUCAUUCUUUUGUAGAAUGGGAAAGGCGUAUUGGCCAGGCUUUGACUACAUUAUUGCCGGCCCAUGGUUCUAAAGGCAUGCCGUCAAUAGAUGCUUCACCAGUUGGGUGACAUGAUAGAAUUGCUCUUUGAAAUAUACGAAGAAAACAAUAAAUUUAAAUUGAUUUGAAAAUUUGUUUAAUCUUUAAUCAGGUCAUAGAUUUUUUUUGUGUGAAACUGCAUUUGAAUACAUGCUCUAACUUUUAAAAUACUCCUUAAAAUCUAAAUCAACUUAUGUUAAAAUAUGUUGAAAUUCGGGGAAUUGUUACAUAAAGUUUCCUUUGAAUAAUUAUAUCUUUAAAUAAUGUGAAUCACGGAAAAGUUAAUGAAGUAUUUAAUCAUUUAUGUUUUUCAACACGAUUAAUUGUAGUUGGUAAAGACAGUUUAUUUCAAUCGCCCAGCCUUUUGUUUAAAUAUAAUGCACCAUGACAUUCAGCUGUAUCAAAAUAUUCUGUUAGACCUACAUGUUUCAGCAUUUUAAGAGACCGUGGAAGAAAAUGCUUUGAAUGGUCUCUUAAACAAUGUGGUCUCUUAUCAGAAACAAAUUGUGUUUGAUUCAUAUGAGCUGAUAACAAUGUGUUGUGUAAUUAUAAUUGAUAUCAGUUAUAUUUGAGCUAAAGAGUUUUUCGGAUUAUUCUUAACAAUGAUAUCCAGUCUUCUUCAGUACAUUUAGUAGAAAUACCUCAAUUUCUUCAACCUAAAAAUAGGUGCCCGCCAGGGGUAAUGUAGUCCAGUUCUUUUUACAUGGUGCAUUAGGAGUAAAUUAGGAGAAAAUUUAAAUGAUAUUUUGACUAAUGAAACCUGGGAUUAACUAUUGGUUUUAAAGUACGCAAUCGAUACAAUUAUAUUGUCAGAUCCAAAUUUUCAAAAAUGUUUGUCUUUCAUAAUUCAUACUGUAAUGAACGGAAAUCUGCCAAAAACCAAAAGUAGAAAUGCAAUAAAUCAGACUUAUGAAUU